AUGCUCUUUUGUUAUGAGAGUCAACUUGUCACUAUACCGUGGUGGAUAUAAUGUUCUAUUACCAUAACUCUCUACUCCAGCAUGAAUCAUGUUCAUUGGUCAACCUCCCAGAGUCACAUGGUGUGAGGGGGUUUCUUGAGUCCCUGUUUCAGCCGCAUGUACCCCGCCAAGCGCCUUCCCACUUUGCUCCGCAACACUCUUCAUGAGUCUCUAACCGCUCAAAUGAGGCGUCCUCCAUAUGUGGAAGAUGAUGCCGCGCCCUCGCUGGCUGACUACACGGUAGCAUGUAUCUGCCCCCUUGGUUUAGAGUGUGCGGCGGUGGAAGGCAUGCUGGAUGAGAUCCACGACCCUCUGCCGACGAGCCGUGACCAGAAUGCCUACACCCUUGGCCGAAUUGGACCCCACAACGUUGUCGUUGCGGUGAUGCCGGAAAUGGGAAACAAUGCGGCGGCCACCACAGCGACGCAACUACUGAACGACUUUCCUUCCUUUCGGUUCGGCCUGUUGGUCGGCAUUGGUGGCGGUGUUCCCGGAUCAAAGCAGUCUGGAGAUGAUGUCCGACUGGGGGAUGUUGUCGUGAGCCAGCCUACGGGUGGAUUCGGCGGGGUGAUCCAGUACGACAUGGGGAAGAAGCUCAUGGAUGGCAACUUUCAGCGGACAGGAUACCUCAAUAAGCCGCCUGAGGUUCUGAGCGCUUAUGUCAGAAGGCUGGAGGCUCGGCACUAUAGAGUGCAAAAUAAGAUUAGCUCUUAUCUUGCCGAGAUGUUGCAGCGGUAUCCAAAGAUGCAGGACCACUACCAACGUCCGGGGCUCGAAUGCGACCAACUCUUUUGCUGGGACUAUUUGCAUCAAGGUGGCCCAACCUGCGAGGAGUGUGAUAAGGAACAGACCGUGCCGCGUUCGCCCAGACGAGACACGGAACCGAGGGUUCACUAUGGCACGAUUGGAUCGGCUAAUACGGUGGUCAAGGAUGCAGUGACCCGCAACCAGCUGAAGCGGGACACAGGAGUUCUUUGCGUCGAGAUGGAAGCAGCGGGGCUCAUGGAUACAUUUCCUUGCCUUGUGAUUCGGGGCAUUUGCGAUUACGCUGAUUCGCAUAAAAACAAGCGAUGGCAGCCAUACGCUGCGGCAACAGCAGCCGCAUACAUGAAGGAAUUGCUGAUGAUGAUUCCUGCCCAACAGGUAAAGCAGACGCCAUCUGCUCGAGAGCAGACAAAAGCUGCCGCCGAAGCAGUUUUGGAUGUUAUAGAGGGACCGAUCCGCAAAACCGAGAACCUAGUGCAGUACCUGUACAAAAAGCAACAAGACAGCCAUGAAGCUGAGAUACUUUCCUGGGUCUCGAAAACGCCUUACGAAAAGCAUUACAAAGCGGCUCGAGAGGGUCUGUUAGUGGACUCAGGGCGUUGGUUGUUUGAGAAGCCCGAGUUUGAGAAGUGGCGACAGUUUGAUGGAUCCAGAAUGUUUUGGUUGUCUGGAAAGCCUGGCGCGGGGAAAACAAAGCUCUGUGCGAUGCUGGUGCACACUUUGGUUAAACAAGACGAGGACGUGAUCUACUUCUUUUGCAGUCGCAACGCCAAUGACCCCGAUCGCCAGGAUCCGAAAGUAGUUUUGCGGGCGUUGAUCCACCAACUAGCAUUACGUUCUCAAGACGGCCUUCCAAAGGUGCUUCGUGAUGCAUUCGACAGGAGACAUUCAACUGGUAUGACGAGAGACGGGUUGGAUUUCGAUGAAAGCUACGAUCUUCUCGUUAAAUUACUCAACGACCAUGCUCGGACCACGAUUAUCAUCGAUGCGCUGGACGAAUGCAGCGAGCAAAGCAGAAGCUCUUUAAUGCAGUCUCUCAGAAAGCUUGUUGACCACUCGACUUCUCUAGUCCGGGUCUUUGUGUCAAGCAGGGGAGACCGUGAUAUUGCAGUCCGGCUUCAGGAUGUACCAAAGACCUCAAUAAAUCAAGAAUUAACCGGGGCCGACAUGAAGCGCUUCGUGGAGCAGGAGGUCAGGCACAGUAUCAAGUAUAAAGACUUGCUUUACGGUGAGGUAUCUCCGGAGCUGCAAGAGAAGAUUACAGCUGAAUUGCUUGCGAAAGCAGACGGAAUGUUUCUCUGGGUCCGACUGCAAAUACAACUUUUAUGCCGAAUGCAAACGGAGCAUCAAGUCUGCUCUCUUCUAGGACGCCUGCCGCCGACUCUGAGUGAAACCUACGAUCGACUUUUUGAAAAAAUCCAACAGAGCCCUAGCGCUUACGAGGCAAACACGGCAUUGGGAUGGCUAAUGUGUGCCCGGGAGCCUCUUCGUCCCACUCAAUGGGCAUCCGCAGUUUCAUGGACGCUCGAUAAAAAGUCAGGAGGCACGCAACCCAGUCGCCUUAGCGCUGAGACGUUGCUGGGCAUGUGCCAGAACCUGGUCGUGUACGACGAGAUGCAGAAUAAUAUCGCCUUUGCGCAUUUUUCAGUCCGCGAGUACCUCGAAAGAAAGCCACGGUUCGACGAAUUGCACCUGGAGACGAUAGCUGCCAGAACAUGUCUACGGUUCAUGAUUGACACAAGGCUGCCCCGGCCAUCGGAACUCGAGUAUGGCUUCUACAGGUAUUCUGCUCGUCACUGGAUUGGUCACGUCAAAGCCACUGCAGAGUUCGCCCCAUCCGAGCUAGACGAAUUUCUAGGAAGAUGGCAGGAGCAUACAACAGCAUACAGCGAAUGGAAAGGUGCUGUUGAGCUUUUUGGGCGCCGACACCAAGAGUACAAAUACGCCGACGAGAUUGCGACGUUGACAAAUGGCUUGCUUCUAGCAGCAUACUACGGCAUCAGACACACAACGCUCUGGAGGCGCUCUCGUUACAACCCGAACGCAACGGACGAGCGUGGCCUAUCACUGCUCGCGCUGGCUAGUAUGAAUGGUCAGAAAAGGAUAGUAGAGCUCUUGAUACGCAAUGGAGCCACUAUAAACCCCGCUUCUAGCGCGAUUGAUUCGAGGACAGCAAUGUGCGUGUAUAAGCCACGGCAAUCAUAUGCCAGUUGGUUUCAGGCAGAUGACUGCCAUCCCCUGUUUCUGGCUGUUCAGAAUGGCCAUCCGGAGGUAGCCAUGACGCUUCUGAAUGCCGGGGCGACAUUUAAAGAUAUAAGCGUUCUGCUGGUUGCUGCGGCCUAUGGACCACCCAACGUGCUCCAGCAUAUCUUAGAGCAAACCUUGCAAUCGGAAGUAUCCGAACAGGAUCUAGUAAUGGCAGCAAUGAACAAAUCCCACCCACAGACUCUUAAAGCUUGCCUCAAGACAUGCAAAGACUACUGCAUCACCGGCAAUGUGAUUGAAGCUAUUCUGGACCACCGAAAAGACGGUAAAGAUAUAAUCACGCAGCAGUUGGCGUCCCGAAUCAGCGCGAGAGUACUGACUCGGAUAUGGCGCAGAAAGAGGCUUGGUAUUCUCACAACGCUACUUGAAUGGGUACCUGACCUUCCUGUUUCCAGAGAUAUCGUCGAGCAGUUGGCGCAGGAUGCCCCACCAGGUACGGACUGUGUGGUGGAAAUCCUACGAUCUCUUCUCCCCGACGAGUCGAUUACGUCGAUGACGCUCAAGGCAGUGUUUCGCGUGAGAUACCAAGCGGUUGAUACGCUUAGAGUACUUUUGCUCAGCAAAAGCUGUCGGAACCGGAAUGGGAAAACAAAGGUAUUAACGCAUACCGAGAUCACAAAAAGUCCUGAGUCGCUUCAACGCCUGUUCAACGAGAACGUUUCUGUCAAACUUACAGAGGAGCUACUGGUUGCUGCUUUGUUAAAUCGCAAAGGGGCUCUCGAGCUAGCCAGGCUGCUUCUCUCCAGACGCCAGCCAGCACCAAUUGCAGAGUCUGCAGUUAAAGAGGCCGUGGCAAACAAGGCUCACGGAUUCCAGAUUCUGGAGCUUUUAUUCUCAACUGGGCGUUUCGUUCCCAUUACCGAAGAGAUAGUGGCAGCAGCUGCGAGGAAUAAGGAGUGCGGGCCGAAAAUGAUUGGACUGCUGUUAUCAAAGACGCAAGAUCCAACAAUUGGAGAUAAAUAUGACGGCAGGAUUCAGAAACAAUUACUGAAGAAGCAACAUGCUUUCCACAUGUCCAAAGAUGUUCCUUCCUCUGGGCAACAAGGAAGCUCUGACAGUAAAGACAAUGGGAAACCUGAUGCUGAACAAGGCAGGCUGGGUGUAUCCGAGGACGAGGUCAUGGCUGCAAUUGAUGGCGGUCUCAAGGCCGUGGAGACUCUACUCGCGCAGUACCCUUCCCUACCUGUCACAGAACGUGUCUUAAAGAGAGCAGCAAUGGGUCUCACCAAAAGUGUUCCGAUCUUUGGACUCUUGCUGGCCAAAAAUGCCAAACUUACGAUGUCUGAAUCAGUUCUUGUGGAGGCCGCGCGGAACACCAUCUCUGGCAACGAAUUGACGAAGCUCAUCCUCGAAAGAGCAGACGCUCUCCCCAUCUCCGAUGCGUUCAUUCAGGCAGUUCUACAAAACAAGUACUCUGGGACAGAAAUCUUGCAAACAAUUUUCGGCUCCCCGAAGACCGUCGUCGGAGUUUCCGUGGUGUGCACGACCGCCAUUGAUGGUCACGAGACGUUGUUUGGCGACCUUCUUUCUAGGGUUGAUUGGCGUCUCAUGAAAGACAACUAUGGCGACAUAUUCUCUGCUGCAAUUGAAGGAGGUAACUCUAGGAUAUUGCAACAGUGUAUUGCCUAUGGGGGCGUAUGGCCUGGAACAGACAAACAUGGUUGGAAUGCGGACCUCAUGGCAUAUCACAAACAUCAGAAAUCCGUACUGUCACUUAUUAGGGAGAAAAUUGGGCGACGGCCUGCGGCACCUAUCCCUCCGAAUGCGUGGAAGAAGCCAGAGUCAUUCUCGGUGAGAUUGGUUGGUACGACGGUAAGGACUGACGCCGACAACGAGUCUGACAUAUGUAUACGUGCAAACCAUCCACUCGUACCAGUUGGCACGAGCUACUUCGAGGUGGAGAUUUUAGAACUCGACGAACCUGACUACUACGCUGGAGAAAUCCAGGAUUCACUGGCCAUCGGCGUCACUGAUGAGCGCAUGGUCUACACCCCGUCAUAUUACACCGACACAGGAUACGUACAUGACCUAUUUCUCAUGUCUGAACGACGCGGUUUUAGAAAAGGAGAUACGGUGGGCUACGGGAUUGAUUGGGAGAGGAAACAACAGUUCAUCGUGGUACAUGGGGUACGAGAUGAAACUGAUCGGUGCUUCGAGCAGCUGUAUGAGCGCCGGAUGUUUCCGUUCGUGCGAGUGUAUGCUGGAGCUGGGAGAUGUAUGUUGAAGGCGAACUUUCAGGGGCCGUUUUUGUAUAAGGCACCAACCACCUCCUCGCAGUAGGUAGUCGGACCGAAAAGCAGGAUUUGAGCUGGUUGAGAGGUGCUGAGGCACGCUCACUUAGGGGGUGACCAGCGAGGCCUCGCUCUGCUCUUGGGAAACAUAAUAUACAUAUAAAAUAUUUGUGUCUACUGCUCGAAUCGUAGCUUUGAAGCCGAGUCCGGACAUUCUCCACAUGCCUCGAA